AUGCUCAAUACGAUAGGCGCACAAAAGCUAUUUCACAUCAUCUGUUGCUGUAUUCACGCCAAACAACAGCCAGUGAUUGAGGAGAUGUCGACGACGGGCACCGGUAGCUGUCGGCUGAACAAUGAAAAAACAAUGGCCACUCCGGCCGACUCACCCCCGCUGUCGUCGGGCACGGGUGGGCCCACCCGUACGACCAACGCUAUCGGCAGCGCAGCCACAGUGACCGCUGCGGCCACUGUCGGCGCUCCGGCGGCCGCUGUCGUUGACCACAAAAAUGUCUGUAAUAUUGUUAACGAUAAAUGUAAUCAAUCCACGUUUGUCUAA